AUGAGCCCUAGUCGCUGCGUAGCAUCUAGUAUCUUGAAAGCUCUCGCUACCGACGCUCGACCAUGGAAUCUCACCCGAAGGCUUCAGAGCGCCAACAACCUGGACAUGCAGGGGGAACUCAGCGGGACAGCAAUUUUCAAACCAGCCUGCAAUGAAAGGUCUAGCAGUCAGCCUGACCUUGUCUACGAAGAGCAAGGAGAGAUGCCGGACCCGUCAGGCCUUAACUCGACUGGGAUGAAAUGGUCACGCAAAUAUAUGUGGCGUCUGUCAGACUCCGGGCUGAGCGUCUGGUUCGUCAAGGUCAAUAUGAAACCCAGCAAAGAGAGCACACAAGACAAUCCGACUGGGGACCUACCGGACUAUCUUUUCCAUCAACUGCACUUUACGGGCGAAGGCGAAGGUGAAGGGGAACAGGGUGGCUUUGACGGAUCAGGCCUUGUCCCCCCAGCAGCCUCAGCAGACGUAGGGGAGACGGCUGUUCUUUUUGCCCACGGAAGCCAUCUCUGCGUCGAGGACAACUAUGUGACUACCUAUGCCUUUCGGGUUUCAAAACACUGCAUCAGCUAUAUACAUAGCUGGGCAAGCAGCCAUGUGGUCGAAGGCCCGAAGAAAAGCCAGCGAAUUCUGAAUCUGUAUACCAGGGGCCUCUGA